UUGUUGAAUAAAUUAACUGUGACGGAGUCGACACUAACAUUUUAAUAAUAUUGUUUCUAUCUAGACUAAAUUUUAAGAGAUCCUUUUUUAAGGGACACCAUCAUUUGAAAUCCAGUGACCCCUCCUAGCCUUAGAAGUCCCUUCCAUUUUGUACCAAUAUUUCAUUCAUAAGCAUUUUAAAAUAUUAAAUGCAAAUACUUAUUAUUACAAAUACACCAAUAAACACUUUCCCCAACUAGCAGACGACAGGCUAUUCUUAUCAGUAGGUUUUCGAGUAAAGAUAACCGGUUGCGUAUCUCGCUGUAUAAAUCGUAUGUAAAAUGGUCUGACAUAUGGUAGGUUUAACAGUUAAUUUAAAUACUUUGGUGACAAAAAUAUGUAAAAUUAUAUACUGUGGCAAAGCUAAGAUCCCAAGCUUUCCAUUGAUGUAAUAAUUUUUAAAAUCAGACAUUUAAUCACCACAAACUAGCGGUUUAAAAAUGGCUUAAUUUGUAUUGUUUUAGCGUAAGAGAUAUCGAUUUUACUCGAAGAUAAGGGAAACAACUCGUAUUUUUUCACUCGAUAUACCUCGGUUAUUUACGUAGUUCAUAUGAAAAGUGUUUAUGGGUGUAUUCAAGUAUUUUUUCCAAGUACCAACCAAGCCCUAUGUUGCACAGGCACGAGUAUCGGACAAAUAUGAUAUGACAAAAAUAUGACCCGAAAGAUAAUUAAACCUGUGUUCAUCUUUAAAAGGUCAAAAACCGAAAAAAAUUGUAAAUUAUACCCCCCUUUAAAAACAUACUUUAAGUUAAGAGAAGGCUAGAAACUCCAGAUUCGAGCCUGCAAGCAAGUGAUUCACUUCCGGGGCCGUUGUGAAAACAAUUGUCCAGACAAUUAAAAAAAUCUUUUAUCACUUUCACGUUUGUAUUAAGCUUCCAAAUGGGACCAAGUCUUUAGCCCUUCCCGUUCAUGAAAUAUCUGUCGGGGGAAACAAACGCAUUCAUGCUAAAAAUCCUUGGUAGACAAAAUUGCGGCACAACAAUUCGGUACGUAAACAUAGACUAGUACAUGUUUGCCAGCUGAUUAUGGGUCAUAAUCAUAUUGUCACUUGGCGCAAUAACUCACUUAAUGUAUAUGUAUUUUAUAAUUACUUAUUAAUGUAUUUUCAUUUUAUUGUAAAUAGGCCAUCAAAAAGGCUGUAUGAAUCGGAUAGUGGCACUGAUGAGAAUGAGACAGACACAGAGAGUAGGCCACCACAAGUUAUUGACCAAGCAACAACGCCCAAAGAGUCACAAAGCCUACUUUCAUCUCCGCCUCGCUUAUCUGCACAGGCAUUGCGAGAGGCCAGCAGUGAUGUGCAAAGUGCUUCUCCAAUACAAGGUGCUUCUGAUACACCCUUCCGUGGGCAGAUUAUUGGGCCCACUGCUGUUACACAGAUUCUCCGAGUCUUUGAGACAAUGCGAGAGAAGAAUCGUGAAAUUAAGAGGAUGGUGCAGCGAAUGCUGUUAAGGUCAGCAGCAGAUGACCAACCGCUGCAACUUCCGAAAGAUAUCUCAUUCCCUAUUCGUUAUCCUGAGCAGAUGGAAGCAUUCGAUAAGCUUCUGGGAGAUCAGACAAUACUCUCAUCUGUGGUGCGGUUCCUCUCAAUGUUUGGUAUGGCAGAUGUACGGGAAACUGUUGACCGCUUGAUGAAAGAAACCAUGUCAAAUGAACUGGCAAGAAUGUACAAUAUGAAGUGGCUGAAGGGGAAGGAAAAGUUUGUGGGCCUCUAGAUACUGAAUGUAUUGUAUAAAUGUGUCCAAAGGAACUUGCCGACAAAGGCUGCAACGAGGAAGGAUGUUGAAAUAGAGGUUUCAAAGUGGCUGGCUGGCACGCGGGACCGCGAUGGGGGAAGAAAAGCAAGAAACAAAGUGUCAGAGACCUUACCUGAAGAAAAUGAAGGAAGUGACUAGACAUGUUUUUAAUCUAAAAAUGCAAAUUUAUAGAGGAUAUUUGUUUGUUUGUGUGUAAGAUGAAAUUUUAUAUCAUCAAGAGAGCUUUAAAAACAGUAUUCUCAUGAGUGGCUAUGCGCUCGUGAGAACACUGUUUUUUAAAGUUCCUUCAAUGAUAUAAAAUUACAUCUUACACAACAAACAAUAAAGUGUCUUUUUAUUUUAUGCUAAUGAAAUUUCCUCAAUAUUAACGUUAAUAUUAAAUCUGUUUUCCCCACUGUUAACAUCAAUUUUAGUUAAAUUUAAGUCCCAUUUCUCAUAAAUACAGGAAGUCUUGGGCUGAAAAAUAAGUUUGACAAUCAACGUUGAAUAGCCAUGAUAUUAUUUAUUGAAUUCAAAAAAUUUGAAUGAUGAUAAAAUCUUUAAAAAGUAGUCUCGUCAUAGAAAAGUUUGAAAUUUUAAUCAUUUUACUGUGAAAUUAUCAAAUAUAUUUUUCACGGAUACAUCAGUAAUACACUCAAAAGCAUAAAAUAAAUGACUUUUAUUUUACAUUUUCAAACCUUUACUUCAUCUGCAUAUAAGUUAUUCCACUGAUUGAAAGUCAAUAUGUAUCAAGGUAUUUUUAAAAUGUGAUAAGGGUCAGAACUACAGUAAGCGGCUCAUUUGUUUAUCUUGUUAUACUUUUUGUUGCUAAUUUUAAUGUUUGAGGUCAUCAGCAUAGCAUGUCUUUCUUGUAAAUGCAAAAUUCUUGUCUAGUCAAAUUUUGCCUUCUAGUCAGUAUAUUCUGCUGCUAUGUUAUGUUUGUUGUUGACAUUAUAUGCUGUUUUUCUGUUGUCUAUAUGCUGUUGUUUUUUUUCCAUUAAACAUUGUUACUGCACGGAGGAAGGUAGUCUAGUACUGGUGUAACUCUCCAGAAACGAUGGUUAGGAAACUACCCGCCUAUAUGACGUAAAAGGCGUAAAAUGAAACAAACAAACAAAAAACAUUGUUACUAUUUAAAUCAAGACAUUAAAUGCUUGGGGAAUGUUUUUGAUACUGAUCAAUACAAUUAUAACAUCUUGUCAAAACUUGACACUAACAGGGAACACAUGUAUUGAUAUGGUAUUAACCUUUAAAAUAAAGUUGGAAUACUUUACAAUGAUGAUUCUUGUAAUCUUUAUUGUUGUUAUUGUUGAAACUUUGAUAAUAUCGGAGAAAUUACUGAAACCAACUAUUUUUACUGACAAUUUUUUUAAUGAAUUUCUUCACAACAAAUUUGAUCUUUGUGUAAUAUCACAUUUUAAUUAUUAUUGAUUUUUACAAACUUGUACAAACUAUUUUUUAUUUUUCAUCAGCUGCAUAUUUUGUUUACAUGUCUAUAAACAGUAUUUCAAUGUGCCAAGAUUUUGUGUAUUAUAUUUGUUACUUUUCAUUAGCUGCAUAUUUUGUUUACACGUCUAUUAACAGAAUUUGUAACAACCGUGCCAACCUUUUGUGUAUCAUAUUUGUUACUUUAGCUGCAUAUUUUGUUAACACGUCUAUAUAAACAGUAUUACAACCGUGCCAACCUUUUUUGUAUUACUUUUUGUUACUUUUCAUUAGCUGCAUAUUUUGUUGACAAUUACAACAGUGCCAACCUUUUGUGUAUUAUAUUUGUUACUUUUCAUUAGCUGCAUAUUUUGGCCACACGUCUAUAAACAGUAUUACAACCGUGCCAAGGUUUUGUUAAUUAUAUUAAUUUUUUUUUUCAUCAGCUGCAUAAUAUUUUGUUUACACAUCUAUGAACAGUAUUACAACCGUGCCAAGGUUUUGUUAAUUAUAUUAAUUUUUUUUCAUCAGCUGCAUAAUAUUUUGUUUACACAUCUAUGAACAGUAUUACAACUGUGCCAAGGUUUUGUUUUAUUAUAUUUGUUACUUUUCACGAGCUGCAUAACAUUUUUUUCUUCAGCACUACCAUACCAAAGUGUAAUACAUGGUUGUUAUGAACAACUUUUUAUAUUAAUUGAUGUAGAUCUAUAUCAUUUGAAAAUGAAAGUAAUUGGUAGAUAGAAAUUUGUAAUGAAUUACAGUAAAUGUAUAAUACUUUUUCUAUGAAUUAUGUAGAAAGUUAAAAAGACAUUUAGGGUCUUACUGUUGAUUUACUGAAAUUUAAACAUUAUACACAUAUAUUUCUUGGAGUUCCAAAGACCUUCUGUAAAGUUUUACCAGUGUCUAGCAUAAGUUUCAUUUUUCCUUAUAGUGAUCUGUAAGGUAUCUAAUGUUAUAAAACUGCAUUUUUAAUUAUUUUGUUCGUACAUUAUAAACAGUUUUCCAUUACAUGUUGCUUAUUUAGUGUACCAAAGUAAUAUUUACUACCUGGGACUUUUUGAAUAAUAAUUAAUAUUUCUGUAUUUUUGAAUUAAAAACUAUGUAGUCAAAAUGAAAUUCUGUGGAUUUACAAAUAUGUACAGUUUACUUGGAUUUUUAUAUUGUACACUUUUCUAAGUUUAUUUACAUAAGUAAAGGUUUCUUUGUUGACAUCAGGCGUCCACAGAAUGUAUUGAGAAUCUGUAUAUAUAUGAUAUACACUUACCAUAAGUGAGAUUACUAAAUAAAGUUACAUUGUUAAAGCAUA